GAAUGCGAGAGGCGCGCAGGUGGAGCGUGAUGCGGAAAGAGUGACACGGGAACGUUAUGAAGCCGAUGCGGGUGUGUAGGCGCAUGACCGAUUUUACGAACGAAUGGCUACGGGAGAGAAAUGCAGAGAAAGAUGUAUAAUUGGAGUGAUUGAGAGCUCGUGCGAGAGGACUUUUGUCUGUGUGUGUAUGUGUGCGUGUGUGUGUGUACAGUGCGAUGUUAAAGUAGUCAUGGGAAUGAUAUUAUGAUUCGCGGUGGGCAGGAGAGCUCUAUGCCGUUUUGCUCUCGCGGUUCGAUCCAGUGAGAGGAAUAGAGUGAUUUAUGAUGCAUCGCAUUUAUACGUCAUAAUACCGUGAUUUAGAUGUAGCGACGAUUUUUUGAAUCUAUUUAAUGAUAUAUGCGCGACGCGCGGGAUAUGACAAAUCGGAAAAUUAAUACGUGAAAAGCUGAAUGAAAAGCCAACUGACAGCAGCGAGGAAACUACUCACCCAAGGCCGCCGUUAAUAAACUGCCCGGCAAUUAGUGUUGGAGAAGCGAAAAGCUACGCGCUAGUAUUUAGACAAGCUUGCGGAAUAAAUUUAACUGCGUAAACUCUAUACGUCAAGAUCGCUGACUCUAUACGUCGAGAUCGCUGUCGUUCGCUAAAGCAAAAAACCUCUUUCAAAAAUGCAACCCGACUAAUUUAUUUAUACACCCCAGCGUUCUUUCGAUGCAAACGCACAAAUAUCCGCUUCCAAAUUCCUCUUCGCGAAUCUUCCGAGAAAAUCUCUUGCGUAACCUCUCUAUUUUCACCUGCAGCGAAGACUAUACGGAGAGACUGAAAGUGGCACAGAUAAGAUCAAACUCUACACCUCCACGUGCCGCAACGACGGCCACCCGCGCCAACGUCCACGAGGCGCGAGAAAGCGCCAGCCGUGUCACGUGUUUAUAAAUAGUGCUACACGGGGAUCCCGAACGUAAUGCAACGACGAAGUAGCGGCACCGAGAGAUUUACGAACGCGGGAGGCACCACUACACGCGCCGAGGCGUUGAACGCGGAACGGAAUUUGCGAGAGACGAGGCAACGGAGAGAGGCGGCGGAGAGAGAGGGUUCGGCGAAAAAAGCCACGGCGCGCUACUGUCCGCCCACGAAAAGACGACGAGCCCAUAGAUGUUUAAGUGGGUCUUUGUGUGCUAGCGAUGAAAGGGAGCGCUGAAAUAAAAGCUGCUGCUUUUUUCGAGGCACUUUUGGCUGUCGAGGAGCGGAAAUUUAAUUUGCGAUAAAAGCGAGCUUUUUUCUGCGACGAUUUUCGGAAACGAAAAUCUGUGUGUGCGUAUUUAUAGAGCCUCGAUUUCGAUAAAUAAACCAAUCCAACCUCCUACACAUUGCAUAACACGCGAGGGCCUAUUUUCGCCGAGGCAGGCGAAAAUUAGCCAGCGCGAUAGAGCUAUAUACUCACUCUCUAUCUCCGGGAAAUCCACACUUCUCACCCCCUUUAAAAUGCGUGUACCCGCACCAUCCGGCAACACAUCCGCGCGUUGCAUCGGAGGCCACAAGCCCGCGGCCGCAAAAAGGGAACACGACUCUCCGCUACGGAUAUGGCGAGGGCGGACAGCCGACGUAAAUAAUCUUGGACUCGCGCGGAAACGCUGGAUUAUCGCGUCGAGUUUUCACGCGAGUGUGUAUAUGCCUAGUGGCGCAAGCUUGUUGUCGGCCACUAAUUUUACGCUAAACGGCGAUCGAGACUACGCCUACCGCUACGCUCGGGAAAGAGGAGAUGCAAGCGUUGAACAGAUGUGUGCAUUCGUUGUGUGAAGCUUACAGAUUUCUUUGGGAUGUUUUGGCUGUUGUAAAAAAUUGGGUAUUGUAUAGGAAUGUGUUUAAACUAUUUUUGACAGAAUGGUUUUCUGACAACUUAAUUAUUUUGUAUCCAAACUUCUACGUAGAUUUAAUAAACAUUAACAAGUUUUAUUAUUAUUGGCGACUUCGUAACAUUAUGACGCUUUACCUUUUCCGGUUCGUCGAAAAAAUUGCAAUAUCAACAUAAAAUGUUGACAAGGUAAUCAAAUAUCGAAGACUACUGCUUUAAUAUGUUAUCAGUGAAAUAUAAUUUUAAUUUGCGUCGCAGUAUCGAUUCCACUUGUAACAGUAACUGCAGCAAAAUGAAACUUCAUUUUAUGAUACUUCUUGCAAAAUUUUACUGUGUCUUUUUACUGUUGCAAAUUAUCAAAGUCGACGAAUACAAAAAAUUCAUGGAUUUGAACCCCGCCAAUUUUUCUGAAGAGGACUCGAUCACGUCUAAUGAAUUAAACUCGACGAGUAAAAUUCGUGACAACAUAGUUCGAACUAGUAAAUCGGCAUUGAACUGUCUUGGUUUAGGAGACGUAUUUUCUGAAGCUUUGGAUUGGUUUUUAAAAAAAGAUUCAAACGGAACGAAUGCACUCAAGGUUAAAUUUUAUGCAAUUUCAAGAAAUAGCCCAAAAAGAAUAAUUAUUCAGCUCGGAGAGAAUUUCAAUUUGAAUAAUGUGAACUUUGAUAUCACGCGAAGAACUAUGCUCAUUACUCAUGGGUUUUUGGCGAGUGCGGAUGCGGAGUGGAUUUUUGAUAUGACAGAAGCUUUAUUGAAAUGGGAUGACGUAAAUAUUUUCGUCGUUGAUUGGAGCGAUGGAUCCAAUACCUGGAACUACUUUAAAGCCACCAUCAAUACAAGAACCGUUGGAGAUUAUAAAUUGCAACCGAACGUAAUCGAAAGCAGCAAAUACGGACCGCUUUACUUCAUGGGGCACAGUCUAGGCUCUCACAUAUGUGGUCAUGCUUCUAAGAAACUCAAGAGGCGAAAGAGCAAGUGGCUUGUGCAGAGAAUCACGGGAUUAGAUCCUGCUCAGCCGUGCUUCAAGAACUCGGACAAAUCGUUAAAACUUGACAACGAUGACGCACCCUUCGUCGACGUAAUUCACAUCAACGGUAGAGUUUUGUGGAAGCUUGGACUUGGGCUACCGUAUCCAGUCACGUCGAUUUUUAUCCUAACGGAGGAAAACUACAACCAGGCUGUUUUUUGUCCAAACCAUCGAUCUGGGAUUAUUUGCCUUUGCGAAGUGAAAAAAUAAAUGAAGCAAUAUGUAGUCACGGAAGAUCUUUCUUAUACUUCACUGACUCGAUUAUGGCUUCUAUGAGGGACUCUUGUAGUUUUUAGGCUCAUAAAUGGGAUAUGUCGUAC